AUCAGUUUCUCCCUCUCUCUUUCUCUCUCACUAAAAGUCUUAUGCAGGACGUUGAGCCAACAGGAUCCGAUAUCGCCUUCAUCUCAGGAGGGUUGAGCCUGCGGACACAGAAGGCCCUUCUAUCCCACAGCGCUCUGGAAGAGAGUCUUGUUCAACUCCUUCUUCAUCCCCAGCUAACUAUGUACUCUGCAGGCUUGGAGAUCCUUGGGAUGACCCUGGCCGUGGCUGGCUGGCUGGGGGUGAUGGUGGCCUGCGGCUUGCCCAUGUGGCGGGUGGCUGCGUUCAUCGGUCAGAACAUUGUCAUCUCCCAGGUGAUCUGGGAAGGCUUGUGGAUGAACUGUUCAGUCCAGAGCACGGGUCAGAUGCACUGCAAGGUGCACGACUCCAUGCUGGGGCUGCCGGUGGACUUGCAAGCAGCUCGUGCCUUGGUCAUCGUCUCCAUGGUACUGUGCAUUGUGGGCAUCGGUCUGUCAGUGGCUGGUGCCAAGUGCACCAACUGUAGCCGGGAUGUGAGCAGUAAACCAAGGCUUGUGGUGGCUGCUGGGGUAACCUUCGUGGUGGCUGGACUGCUGCUGCUGGUGGCUGUGUCCUGGACAGCACACGCCAUCGUGCUGGGCUUCUACGACCCGUUGCUGGAGGAAACGGGGAAGAGGGAGUUUGGUAAUGCUCUGUACUUUGGCUGGGCUUCUUCCUGCCUCCUCAUCCUAGGGGGAGCCCUGCUCUGUUGCUCCUGCCCACCCAUAGCAGCUGCAGCACCGAGUGGUAGUGGCUCCGUGCCCCAUCGGGUGGACUACUCGGCUGUCAAGAUUAUGUCAGUCAACGGAUACCCCAGAAGAGAUUAUGUAUGAACAUAGUGACAUGUGGGAGCAGCUGAUGAUACCAUGACUAGUGUUAGCAAAUUUGUGCACAGCAGAUGGAUGUUUGGUGGCAUGGAUGUUAAUGCAGCAUCAUGGGCUUUGGCUUUAAGUAUUAAUCACUGAUGCAUGUUUCAUAAUGUGUUUUGUUAUGACCAUUUUUCUGAAGUGGUGGGCAUCUUAUAUUGCUUUUAAUAUUGUAUUUCAAAUAUUAAUACAUUUUACUUGUAGGUUUUUUCUAAGAAACAUUAAGAUGAUGUCUAUCUAUAUUAAAAACACACAAUGUCUUUGAAGAUUAUUAU